AUGAAGAAUUUCCCAGUUCUCCUUAUGUUUCUGCUUAUUAUGGCCUCGAAUUUAGGGGUUGAUGCUCAAUCCUGCAAGCCUAGUGGCAAGAUUAAGGGCAAAAAACCACCUAAGGAGAAAUGCAAUCAGGAAAAUGACUCUGAAUGCUGUAAGGAAGGCGAGUAUUAUGACAUAUACAAGUGCUCGCCAAAUAUUUCAAGCAAAACGAAAGCUGUUCUGACCAUCAACAGUUUCGAGAAGGGUGGUGAUGGUGGUGGGCCAUCUGAGUGUGACAAUAAGUACCAUUCAGAUGACACGCCAGUGGUGGCACUGUCGACAGGGUGGUUCAACAAUGAGAAGAGGUGCUUAAAAAAUAUUACUAUUUAUGGAAAUGGGAAGAGUGUGAAUGCAAUGGUGGUUGAUGAGUGUGACUCCACAAUGGGGUGUGAUUCAGACCAUGAUUAUCAGCCCCCAUGUCCUAACAACAUUGUUGAUGCCUCUAAGACUGUCUGGAAAGCAUUAGGAGUGCCGAAGAAAAACUGGGACGGAUUAGAUAUUUAUUGGUCUGAUGCUUGA